UUCAUCAGUAGUUGAACCCAGACAUAAUGAGCUCGCACGCGCUUGUAAUUUUCAUUCUUUACUUCGCUGUGAGCGCCCUUUGUGUGCCUUUUGAACUGAGUGAAGAUGAAGUUUUGGACAGACAUGAAGAAUCAGGCGGUUUCUAUGAAGGCGACAUGGACAUAGAGCAAGAAGAGCGCAAUGGAUUGCUUGCGGAAAGCAAACGUUGGCCAAAUAAUGUUGUCUACUAUAGAAUAAACGAAACUUUCGAUGCCGCGCAUGUCGGACACAUUUUGCGCGGCAUGCAAAUGAUUGAAGAGGUGUCUUGCAUACAAUUUAAACCAGCGCCGGAUGAUAUCGAAACGUAUAUCCAUGUAAUCGGCGAGCCCACCGGCUGUCACAGUAAAGUCGGUUACCUCGGCAAAUUGCAAACGGUAAACCUACAAAUUGAUCCACUCGAUAAAGGUUGCUUUCGUUUGGGCACGAUUAUCCACGAACUGCUACAUUCGCUCGGUUUUCAUCAUCAACAAAGCACUUGGAAUCGCGAUGAGUUUGUCAUAAUAGCAGAGGAGAACAUAAAAGAGGGUAAGGAGGGGAAUUUCAAGAAAAGGGAUGCAACUGUAGUUAGUGAUUUUGACACAGAAUACGAUUAUGGCAGCGUCUUGCAUUAUAGUGCUAAGGCAUUCUCUAAAAAUGGUGAAGACACAAUUAUACCUUUGAAGGUGACAGACACUGUGAUUGGUCAGCGUUUGGGCAUGUCGCGUACGGAUAUUGAUAAAUUGAAUGUUAUGUAUAAAUGUCCAAUAAAAAUUUAAAUGGAAAAUACAAAA